GCCCCUGACCAAUCGGGGCUGGGCAAGGCAAGAAGCAGACUGCGUCCCGCCUCCGCCUCCCGGUGUGGGGCGGAGCGGUUGCUUUCAGGCAGGCGCUGGCUGGGCAGUGAUGGCGGACGAUGGGGAUGGGAAGCUAAGGAUUGAGCGAGGCGGCGGCAGCGGCGGGAUCUCGGAGGACACGGCGGCGACGGCCGCCGCCGCCAGCUGGCUCGGGGGAAGCUGCCUUGACAUGUUGUUGAGCUUGACGGGGCUGGUGAUCGCGGCGUUUGUGGCCUAUCAGCUCUACAAGCGCUGGGGCAAAAGGAGCGGAGCGGGGGGCGCGGCGCAGCAGAGCCAGGCCGAAUCCCUGCCCCGUAUGAAGCGGCGGGACUUCACGCUGGAGCAGCUGCGCGAGUACGACGGCGCGCGCACGCCCCGCAUCCUCCUGGCCGUCAACGGCAAAGUCUUCGAUGUGACCAAAGGCAGCAAGUUCUACGGGCCCGAGGGUCCUUAUGGAAUAUUUGCUGGCAGAGAUGCCUCAAGGGGACUAGCAACUUUCUGCCUAGAAAAAGAUGCACUCAGAGAUGAAUAUGAUGACCUAUCAGACUUAAAUGCUGUACAAAUGGAAAGUGUUAGAGAAUGGGAAAUGCAAUUUAAAGAAAAAUAUGACUAUGUAGGUAGACUCCUAAAGCCAGGUGAGGAACCAUCAGAAUAUACAGAUGAGGAAGAUACCAAGGAUCACACUAAACAGGAUUGAACUUUGUAUAUCACCAAAGUCAGGGGCCUUUGGAACUGCAAUCUCUUAUUCCCCAUCAAGAAUACCCUUUGUCUUGGGGUAGAAUUCAUCUGCUGUAGAAAACAACUCAAUGGGUUUUGUACAAGAUCAUCCUCAAUGAAGAUUUGAUUACUAGGCAUUAUUUAUGCUGCCAAACAUUUUGUUGUUGCAGUUUAACUGUAAUGUCUGGAAAGACUUCAUUAAUGAAAUGGGGUCAGGGAUUUAAGAUGCAAAGAAAGCUAUUCCUUUUAGCAUGUUGAAGCCUUUGAACAGUUUGUUAUUUACAAGCUUAAGUGUUUCAUAUGUCAUUUUUUACUCCUUUGGCGCUAAAUGGAAAACCUAGUUGUUUUAAAGGAUCCCAACUAAAUUUGGCUACUGAAACAUUAAUAAAUGGGAAUACUCAAACUAGUUUGUGGGCCAUUGGUUUCUGUGGCAGAAAGUUACUUCAGACCUCUGCAAAUUACAGGGUUUCAAAUAGAUUCUCCUGAAGGAUAGAGGAAAAUUUCUCUGCAGACGCUAUCAUUUGAAACCAGCCUUCUAUGCUUUUCCUUCCCCUCAAUCAAAUCGGAAUAAUUGUGCCUUAUUUCACUUAGAGACUUGAAUUGUUUUAAGGGAAAAACCCAAAUGUGACAUGAGUCACUAAAAGCAGCAUUGAGGACUGGUUAGACCAUUCGGUUGACUGGAAAACAUUGAUGUCAUUCUGUAUAUAGAAUGUAAAGGAAAACUCAGUGUUACUGCCAUAUAUAUAUAUAUAUGUUAAUAUACAUAAACUUAAUUAGCAGUGUAAUGGCCAAAUGCUUCCUCUUUGCUUUUUAAAUAAGCCCACCUCUUCUCUUUUCCUUCUCCAGGGAGCUCCCUAAAUCUGAGGAGCCUAGCCUCAUAUCUUUUUGAAGUGAAGGGUGUGCAUGGGUGUGGGUGCUUGAGUGCAAGAAAUGGGAGGAUAGUUCCUGCAGAUACUGUAAAUAUGAAUACCGUUUUAAUAAAGCAUGUAAAAUACCAAAUGUGCUGUCAGACUUUAUGUAGAUGCUGUUAAGCUAGUAUUGGUGGCCAGGACUACAUGAAUGAGAAAAAAGAAAUCUUGGAGAUAUUAAAUAUUUUUGCACUGCAAUUGAAUAAAGCUUUACCCAGUUUUUUUUUAAAUGUUAUCACAUAUAAUUCACAACAGAAACGUAACUUAUUUAGGUACAGCUUGGAUGAUUACAUUAUGAGAGCAAACCAGCAUGUAACUCUGAAGCAUAUCUCUAUGUGGAAAUGCUUUGGCUAUCGGUUUUCAUUCCUUUUCCUCAGUGUAUUAACUGCACAGCUUCUUUCGUCUUUUUCAAUAUCCCAUAUAAACUCCAAAACAGAAUCACUUUCUUGAAUGCUUCUUCUCCUAUAAACUAGUCAAUAAACAGCACUAAGCCACUAUUGGCAACCAUUAUUAAUAAAACCAGUAAGACAGCAGUGUGUCUAACAUUACAAAAAAAAUAGCUAGCUGUGAUCUUCAGUCCGUCUGAUAUAAUAGUAUCUCUAAAAAGCAUCAUCCUCUUGCCCAAAAUGACCAAACAGUUCUGGCUCAUGCUCAGGUUGGCUUGUGAGUUGAGUUUGUUAAUAUGGUAGGCACAAAAAUGUUUUCUAUAUCUGCUGUCCCAUAUUUGUUUGUAAACAUUCUGUUGUCAUUUAGUCAUUUGAAAGUGUCUAAACCUCCAUUGAUGAGCCAGUUACAACUUUUCCACUCCAAAAUUUUAUUCCAUAAUUGAAAUUAUGCAGUCUGUUUUGAGAAAUGAACAAUUUGUGUUUUUGAUUUUUUUAAAAAAUAAACUGUUCUGUAGAUACA